AUGGUAUCACCGCUUUUAUUAGGGUUUAUGGGCUUGCUUGCUGAAGAAUGAAAUUACACUCAUGGAGGAGCUGAUUGGGAAGGAAAAUGUGAAGACGGCCUUAACCAAUCGCCAAUAGACAUUUUUCCUGAAAAUUUGACUGUAAUCCAAAGAGGUUCAGAAGUUAUGGACUCACUUGACUUGCACUUUCAAAAAUUAGACGUUUUAGGCAACCUCACAAGUCAUAACUACAAACUCAGUGGAAAUUUCCUGAACGUGACUGAAAACUAUGGGAGCCUUCAAACUCAUGGAAAAUCUAUCGGAUUUCAUUUCCAUUCUCCAUCUGAGCACAUGAUCAGUGGUAAGCAAUUCGACCUUGAAAUGCAUAUUGUAAUGACUGACGAUGAAGAUGGAAUUAUUUAUUACGUUCUUGGCCUGCUGUUUCACGUAAAUGGAAAAACAAACAAAUUCAUAAAUUCUGUGAUUGAUGCAUAUACAGCUAAAACUACAAUAAAAUUAAGUGACGCUUUUGAUGGUGUCACGCAAUUAAACAAUUUUUAUCAUUACCAAGGAUCAUUGACUACUCCUCCGUGCUCAGAAAUUGUGAACUGGUUUAUAUGGCCGAAUACAUUAAAAUGGCGACGGCGAUCCAGCCUUUUUUUCAACACCUGUAGCCUGCGUUCGCAGGGGACCUUGUGGAAGUGGAGCGCAACGUCGGACUAGGCCGACCGCAGCUCGCUCUGACACCUGGGUUUUUGCCUCAGGGGAGAUGGUUUCCAAGGUUGGAAAGGGGAAGCUCAGCAGCAUCAGGAAGGUACCUCCUGAUCAAUCGAGCAACUCCCUAGCGUGAAACUGGGCGUUACGUUCCAGGCUUUGGAUUUCCAUUUUAGCUGACAGUCCUACCAGAAAAUUUUGUUUUUCAAAUUUUCGGAAUGGGCAACCUCUGUUGACGUACUGCUGGGUGGCGUAACUCAUCCAGCUACGGGUAGCGAGUGCACAUCCUGGUACAGUAGGAGCAACACCUUGAAGGUCGUGAUCGAUUGGUGGUGAGCAACCGAGUGAAGGUGAAGGUAGGGCAGGGGAAACCCUGGCCAAUACGACGGGCCUCUCUCUAUAAUAUUAGUUAAUGUUAAUGUUAAUGGUUUAUAUGGCCGAAGCUUCUUGAUUUAGAUUCAACACAACUCAGUUGGUUUUCAAAAUUCUGGGCAGAGAAUAAAGAAUUUGCAAAUGGGCAUGGGAAUAACAGAAACACGCAAGAAUUAAAUGGAAGAGUUAUUUAUUUCUUUGACGGGGUCGAUGUUCAAGAAAGCUUUAGCAAGUCACUUUUCGUAUCUGCCUUAAUCCUGGGAUUCUUUAUUUAA